CAAUGUGUCAGCUUCACCUGUGGAAAGCCCAUGAACUAGACAUAGAUCUCCUGACAUGUGGAAUAUGCCAUACAUAUAAAACUCCAACUGAACAGAGGUUGGUCACUCACCAGAUGACACAUUCAGACAGAAGGGACCAUGUAUGCAAGACGUGUGGGAAGAGUUUUCGGCAACAGGCACAGCUCUUAAACCAUCAGGUGGUCCAUGUGACUAGUCCUAGUAAUCGGCCAGCUUGGGCACAAAAGGGAUGCUGCCCAGAAUGCAAGAGAUGGUUUACCGACAAGAAAUCCAUGAGACUACAUAUCAAUGCUGUGCACAUGAAAGUAAAGCCACAUGCAUGUCCCCACUGUUCAUAUAGAUGUUCCAGAAAGUUUGACUUGAAUGUCCACAUGAGGCAACACACUGGAGAACGCCCACACAAAUGUGAGCUGUGUGGUUGGCAGUGCAGAGACCAUAAUGCCAUGAGAAGACAUAAAGUUAUCCACCUGCACAUGAAGCCACUUAAAUGCCCCCAUGCUUUCUGUCAGUUUGAGAGUAGACAUUCCACUUACUUUAAGAGACAUGUAUCCAAGAAGCAUCCAAAAGCUGAGGCAAUCUAUAAGUGUCAGAUUUGUCUUAUGGAAACUCCAAACUUGACUGAGUAUAUUGCCCAUUCUUCAAAUCAUGAAAAACAGUUAGUUAAAGAGGCUUUCAAGAUGAGGAAUGAUGCCCCUGAAACAAAGAAAGAAAAUGAAAAGAGCCAUGCAGAAAAAACAGCUAUUGAUUCAAAUAAAUCAGUAAAGGUUAAGAUGGAGGCAUCCAGAGAAGCACCAGUGAAUUCAACGAGUCACGAAAUUGGUCCAGAGACAAUUAUGUUUGAAACUGUUACUACUGCUAAUGAUGACCAAAAUACUCAGGUCAUCACCAUUAAGCUAGAGGACAUGGAGGAAACACGAACCCAUGAUCAGGAAAUGGGCUUGCUAAGUUCCCAGAACAGACUUGAAAGUUAUCACAAGGGGAAUGAAGGUUGUAAGUCAGGAGACUGCACCAUGGAAGAGGAAGGUACUAUAUUAAACCCCGGUGCUUCAGAAAGGACAGUUUUGGGUAUUGUUGACAGCAGCAAUUCAGAAGCAACAGUAUUGAGCGUCAGUGGAGACCAGACACUGAUGAGCCUUCCUCAAGUUGUGCUAUCGGAAGAUGGCCAUCAGUAUAUCAUUGGAAUCACUCCAGAUAGCAUUAAUGCUAAUGAGACAAGUAUUUUUGCCUUACAGCAAACUGAAGAGCAGCAAUAAAGUGAAUGACAAGUUCAACUGUGAUAAUGU